UCCCCUAGCUCCCACACUCUGAGCAGCUUCUACCCAGAGAAAAUUGUAUCUACUUUUCCUGUGUUCAGAUAGUUUAAACAAGAUCAACGACUGAAGCAGAAAGGAUUUUGGGUUGUGUUACCAUGGCAUCUCUGAAAACUGUGCUUUAUCUGGGAGUCUGUCUAUCUGUUUGGAUCAUUACUACUGCAGAUAAGAACUUUGUGCCGGCUGCAGAGGAAGUACACUGGAUAUCUCUGGACUUUAAAACCACCCUAUUCUGGACUACUAAGGCAUCAAAAUACACAUACACUGUCAAGUACUUUAGUGAUGAUCAUGACUGGAUGGAGAGUCUUGACUGCAUCCGAGUGUCACAUUCAGAAUGUGAUCUGAGCAACUCCCUCCGUCCCUUCGACAGGUCCUACUAUGCUGACAUCUUAACAGAGCCUGCGACCAUGGACCAUGACUAUGACCUGGAUGAGUUCCCUCACACUUAUUCCCCACUUCAAUCCCUAUAGAG